AUAAAUAUCCUUUAAGAAAUAACGGCCAGAGUCAGUCAUUGUAACGAACUCGGCAAAAAUACUUCUCUGUAUAGCAGAGAUCACAUUCCAUUCUCUCUGCAAAAAAAGAAAAGAAAAGAAAAGAAGAAGAUGAAUUUCUCAGAUAUGAAAAUUCAGGCCAUUAAUGCUGUGAAAUGGUACUUCAAUAGGAAUUGGAACAUAGAAGACAUGAUGAAUUCCGAUGAAAUUCCCGAUGAAGUGCUCAGAACCUUGAAGAAGGUGUAUCUUACUCUCCUCUGUGCCAUGUUGUGCUCUACUUUUGGAUCCUUCAUGCACCUCAUUUCGGUAGCCGGGGGGAAAUUCACAGUCCUUUCUUAUGUAGCAAGUUUAAUCUGGAUUUACUUUACUCCACCAGGGAGACUGAACGUGAGGUUCUUACUGUUGAUGUUGGUUGCUUAUUCAUUCGGUGCUUCUGUUAGUGCUUUUACCAAUUAUAUCUUCAAAGUCGAGCAAUGCUAUGUUCUCGGACUUUUGGCAGGUAUAACAAUUGGCAUUGGAAAUUUCUUGUUAAGAGCCUUCCUAUCAUCAGAAAGGAGUUACAUCUACAUCGGUACCCUGAGACAUUGUGAUGUUCUCAUCAUCUCCGCAAUUGCUUUCACUCUCUUGGACGUGCACAGUGCUCUUUAUAUGAUAACGAUACACAUUGUGCAGAUAUUGUUCUUGGGGUACCUUGUGAUAUAUAGCCAAGAGAUACUGUACAAUGCUAACAUUGGACAUAUCAACUUAGUCAACUGCACAUUCACUGUCUUCUUCCAUUUACCGGGCAUAGUGAUCCAUGCUGCAAGACUAUACCUGCAGGGUGCAGAAAUUGAACAACACGAACACAAUUAAAGCUGAUGCACCUUGGAACUAUAGAGUAAAUAGAGAGUAGAAUGUCCACCUUACUGUAAAUGAUGAACAGAUAUUCCUUUUUGUCUGACUGAAUUUGGAAUUUGUUAGUCUAAACCAAAAUGCUUUGAAUAUUUCUUGGCAAAUGAAAUACUAAUUGUUGAUUACCUUA